GUUUCAGCAUCGUGAUUAAUGAAAGCGUUUAUUGUGUGCAGAUUAAGUCCUGGGUCUUAUUCAGAUACUUUAAUGUUUUACAGCCAGGAUAUGCAGAAGUAGUUAUUGUUUAUUCUCUGUACGAGAUAAAUGGCUUUUCAACCACCUAAUACUGGCCAAGAACGCCAGAACAGGAAGAUCCUUGAACAGUUAGAAGAGCAGAAGAAAAGAUUAAGGAUGCAAACACAACCAGGUGUUCCACCAUCAGCUGUCAGCAGUGCUAGUUUACCAAGCAGUCCAGUGAUACCACCAAUAGCAGCACAACAGCAUGUUACUGCCGGUUUUCCCCCUAUGCUGCACCCUGACACACAAGCCAUGAGCCCUGCACAAAGAGCAGCUUUACAACAUGCCAAUGCGAAUUCAGUAGGAUAUUUCAUCACUCAAGAUUCAUCAUUUGGAAAUCUCAUCUUGCCAGUUUUACCAAGAUUUGAUGGAGCAAGGACAUAGUCACUACAGUCAAUGAUUACCUAUUUUUACAGUACUUAAAAUAUGGACUGUAACAACUAAGAAGUGCUUAGUGUCUUAAUUUAUUAUCAAGCCAGAGAAAUUCUUACAUUUACAAUCUAGGAAAGUGUCAGAAUGUAUUUUCAAGGGUUUACAAUUGAUAAACAUAUUUUAAAACAUGUUAAGUACAUGUAUUUACAAUUGAUUUAUUUUCUAGCAUGUGAACAUUUUAAAAUUGAUAAACAUGCUUUCAGGCAUGUGAACAGUUUACAAUCUGUAAACCUAUUUUCAAGCAUGUGAACAGUUUACAAUCUGUAAAUCUAUUUUCAAGCAUGUGAACAGUUUACAAUCUGUAAAUCUAUUUUCAAGCAUGUGAACAGUUUACAAUCUGUAAACCUAUUUUCAAGCAUGUGAACAGUUUACAAAACUUAACAUGUUUUCAAGCAUGUGAACAGUUUACAGUAUGUAACAUGUUUUCAGGCAUGUGAAGUGCUUACUGUCUCAACAUAUUUAAAACCUUUAGGAGAUCAAGGAUCAUAAGGUUUGAUAUGUGAUGUAAAAGAGUUACUUUAUUACAGUGUUGUGAGUUUGUAAUGUUACCUGUGGAUGGUGUCAAAGUGACAAAAACUAAUGUACAUGUUAAGUAAAUAAUUUAUUGUCUAAGGUGAAAGAUUACUUUACAACAUGUUUCUGCAUGGACAUCAUUCCUUGAACACUGUAUAAAUAUCCUACCAGAUAUGAGGCAGCCUUCACAGCUUCACAGUGGGUUGUUAUUAAAUAACAGUCAUCACAUAUAUAAACUAUACUUUGUAUUCUUUUUAUUGUUUUAAAGAAAAAUGAUGGACAUAUAAAAUGGACUUUGU